GAGAAUUGUGUAGAUCUGAUUGUUUUGGCGGAUAAUUUGAAUCCAGUAGAAUCUGAAGUGGGGAAAUGGCACAAAACACUGGAAGUGAUGGGAAAUACAAUAUUGGCUCUUCAGAUUUAAAUGGUUUAUGUACUCACCUGAACACCAAGAUUUCAAAUAUCAAGAAAUCGCUUCAGCUGAGAAAGAUAGAACAAGAACCAUCUUUGAAGAUAUUGGUUGGCAAGAUAGUCCAUGAGAUGUUUCUCUUAAACAACAUCCUCAAUCAACUGGAACUGGAGUGCCACCAUCAGGAGAGACAACAGAAUCAAUUCCAGGAAUUACAGGAAUCCCUGGAGAGGGACUAUAAUGAAGCUCAGCAUCUCAGAGAUAACAUGCCGAUUCACCUGCCCAAAGCAGUCCCAAACAGUGAAGUGGGCUUCGUGGUGAAGACUGAAGAGCCACGCAAAGAAAGUGAGGUUGUCCAGGGGAAGAAGCCAUCAAAGAAGACCAGGAACAUCAAGGAAGUAGCUUUCAUCACGGCAGAAGAGUUUGAAAGCGUUCCUGCGUACAUGCGUGGUCGUCUCACCUAUAACCAAGUGAAUGCAGUCAUUCAAGAAAUCAAUAAGGCAGUAGUGAGCAAGUAUAAGAUCAUGCACCAGCCUCUCAAAACAAUGUCCAGUGUUGCCAAGAACCUUUACUUUCGAUUCCAGGAGGAAGAAACCAAAGAUACAAAAGGUGAAUUCUUUAUUGUGGAGGCGGACGUUGAAGAGUUCACGCAACUGAAGGCAGACAAACGCUUCCACCGUAUUCUUACCAUCUUGCGACACUGCCUGAGAGUGAGGGAAAUCCGUGGCUCGCGCCUUGUCCGUUAUGCCAUCUGCUAAGACGCCAGGGGAGUUUCCAAGACUUGUGGCGAGUUGUCACCCAACUCUGUGCUGAAAGAACAGACUCUCCUAAGUGACCAUCUUGCUGUUUUUGAGCAUUUGGAUUGAAACUUGAGCAUCUUUGCUUUUGCAUUUCUUUCCAUCCCUUUUUUCCUAUCACCAUUCUUUAUUGCUGCAGAAGGCAACUUUCAUUUCUAUUAUUAUGCUACAUUAUUUAUAAUACCAUGAUGGUUUUCCAUUUCAGCAAAGAUGUACAACCUUUUGACCGGGGUGUGAGUGUUUUCCUCUGCCUUGCAUUGUUUUCUGUUGAGUUUAGGACAUUUUUACUACCAAAUUAGAACAGGAAUGACUGGCAUGCCAAUAAAAUAGUCUAAGCAGCA